CGCUGUCGUUUGGGCCAGGGUUUUGCACAACGGCUUGCAGAACACAGAGGACAACGCGACUACAGAGACACCUUCACUGAUGACAUCUACAUCGGAAAUGCGAGACCUUCAUGACCUGGUGGUUCAAGGAAAAAAGCUUCGAGCGGAGCUAAUUAAACUUGCAGAAUGUCUUCACAAACAUCACAGGAAUGUCAAAGUAGCAAAGUUAUUUGGAAGUGGAUCAUCGUUAGUUGGUGGAGUUGUUACAGUGGUUUCCGCUGUUGCUGCACCUGUAACUGGUGGACUGACUUUACCAUUUGCUGGCGCCGGCAUGAUGCUGACUGCAGCUGGUGGAGUGGUCAAGGAUGGAGCCUCUUUGGCUCAAACGAUUAUUGAAGCUUGUAAUGUAGUAGCCUUGCAGAAAGAGUAUGACGAGUUUAUCAUAGCAGUUAUUAACGAGUACCUGAUACUUUAUGAAGCAUCAAAGAUUUAUUCUGCUAAAAUUAUAGGUAAUGCAUCUCUGUUUGUCACUGGUUUCAUGCUAACAAAUAACAACAUGAAUCAGCUGAAAGGUGUGGGCUUGAAAGAAGCAGCUAAGAGAUUAUCCACAGGUGCCACCCAGGUCGGUAAAGCAGCCAAAGACGGUGGCCUCAAGAAACUGGCAAAACUUGGAGGGUCAGCGAUAGGAAAAGAACUGUUUUUUCUUAAUGUUGCCCUGAUACCUAUUAAUUUCAUUGAUCUUGUCAGUACGGCGGUUGACCUCAGUGAAAACAGUCAGUCAAAAGCAUCUCAGGUUCUUCUCAAGAUGGCUGACAUGACUAGGUGGAUUGUCGAUGACCUGAUAAAAAAGGAUGGAAUGUACUCCUCUUUGCCUGACUACUAUAAGGCUCUUCUGCAGUGAAUCCUAGUUUUAGUGGAUUCUUUUAAAAAUCAGAAUGUAAGCUGCUCUCAAAUGGUUAUCUUGUAGCUAAAAAUCGUCCACUUAUCAAAGCCGGCAAAAUAAUUUUUGAACACGUGAUCUGUUAUUGCACCAUCAAGAUACAUUUCUUUUCGUGGAAAUCUAUCCACCCCCUUUCAUAUUCUAUACUCAUGUCAGCCUGCAUAUCUAAAUUACAUUUUUAAUAUAUAUGUCAUAUGUAAUUUGUGUAUCUAUGUAAACAUCGUGACCAGAUUAUGUCGUUGUUGUAAUCCUAUUUUUAUAUUUGUAAAAACGGACAUGUUAAACAUGCUUCAGGUUGCUAGAUGCUAGAUAAAGGAUAAUCCAGAUUUUCUUUGUUGCUGGGUCUAAGGAAGAUUAGAGUGCAUUUUAAUUCAAAACCCUAGCUGUCAAAAACUGUUGUUUAUCAGGUGAGCUUUGUGAGUGAGCAAGAAAGCAGAUGAUGCGAAAGAGUACAAAUAUGCAAUGAUUCAUUUAGGAAUGUCGGGGAGGCUUUGUGUUGAUUAGGCACCUAGUAAACACAAAAUUAAUUAAGUUCAUUACUUAAUGUUCUAGCGUUUAUUGUUAGGUCGCCUUAAUACCUUUUAAAGAGCUGUGUCAUGUCAUAACCUUAAUGGAGAAGUAACAAUCACCCUAAUUAUGGUCUAGGGUGGCUUGUUGACAAGCCUGACACCCCUCAGACAAGGAAGGGUGGAGGGGUGUAACGCCAGGGUAGAUGUGUUGUAUGGUGUUGACAGACUUACGUGGUUACAGCAGCCAAGCGUGACCAGCCGCCUGGCAGUGGGAUCAAGGGCCUAGGGAGAGACUGACACCUCACCCAGGGCCUACCAUAGGGGCAGGCAGACGAGGUAUCUGCCUAGGGCCCUGUGGAUUUGAUUAAAAUGGUAACUAACCUACUCUAUGCCUUGGGCCCCGAGGGGACUAAGAACGGACCAGUCCACACCUGUCUGCCAGGUUGACUGGGAGUGGGUUAGUCACCUGUCCACCACGCCUCUCUUUGGUUAGUGCUGGUUACUUGAUGAUUGAAUGGUGAGUGAGUGACCAAUAGCAUCUGUCGUUAUGUCAUGCGAAUGUGCCAAGAGAAAUAAGAAAACGUGAAAGGAUGAGAACGUCUGCUGGAUUCACUCCACUCUAAAGAACCUGAGAACUUUGCAUGAAGGUGGUGUUCGUUCGGCGGGUGUAGGUAGCAUAUCAGUCGUUGGAGACACCCCGUGUGUGUCACUAGACUGAGACAGGCUCAACUGUGUCGCCUGUAGAGCAGUCAUUGCUCUCUGACGUGGUUGGCAGAUCGGCGGGAAGGACAGGCGGAGCAACACUUUGGAGGGAAUGUCAUAAAAGUGACUGUCGGCUGAAGUAUUGGUCUCCACCAAAUCACCAUCGUGGGCCCACACAUACAAGAACAGCUUUAACACCAGAGCUAAAUUGAUGUACGUGUACUUGAUGAAUGGUCGAUUUAGAUAGAGAUAACAGUGGAAUAGUGGAAGUACGCUAAGCACGGAUAUAACUGGGACCCCCUCCGCAUCAGACGAGACUUUUUAGUGUGUGUAUAUAUAUA